CUAUUGCUCCCACUGACACUAAUGAUGGAGCACUAUUCCUCCCACUGACACUAAUGAUGGGACACUAUUCCUCCCCCACUGACACCAAUGAUGGGGCACUUUUCUCCCCACUGAUACCAAUGAUGGGACACUAUUCCUCACACACUGACACUAAUGAUGGGGCACCAUCAUUGGUGUCAGUGGGAGGAAUAUGGAUGAAAUAGUGCCCCAUAAUUAGUGUCAGUGGGAGGAGUAGUGCCUCAUCAUUGGUAUCAGUGGGAGGAAUCAUGCCCCAUCAUUGGUGUCAGUGGGAGGAAUAGCACCCCAUCAUUGGAAUACCAUACUGAAAUACCAUACCAGAUUGAAAUCAAAUCUGAUG